AUGCCGCAAAGUGUCAUCGUCAGCACAAUUGGCUUGCUCGUCGUAUAUGUUGUCUGGCGACAUGUAUUUACCUACUGGCGACUUGCCCAUAUCCCUGGGCCGUUAUUUGCAAGGCUAACAAAUUUGCAACGAGUGAGUUGGGUAAAGUCAGGGCGAUCACACGAGAUCCAUCAUGAUGCUCAUCGAAGAUAUGGCGAUGUUGUACGAUUUGGGCCAAACAUGGUGGCUGUUGCGCAUCCGGGUGCAAUUUCAACUAUUUAUCCAAUGAGACCAGGUUUUCCCAAGGGCGAGUUCUAUCGGACCCUGAUGCCUUAUACUGGCAAGGGCAAGUCGCUGCCGGCAAUAUUCAACACCAGGGACGAAGCACUACACAAAAAGAUUAAAAGCCCUGUUGCACCAUUAUUCUCCUUAACAAAUGUCCUGACUCUUGAGCCCUUUGUUGAACGAGUUCUUCACGUCAUGUUUGAACAGCUCAACGCUCGUUUUACUGAAUCGCAGGAUACAUGUGAUUUGGCUGCUUGGUUAAAAUACUUCGCAUUUGAUGUAAUGGGCACACUGACUCUAUCAAAACGGUAUGGAUUUCUAGAAGAAGGAAAGGAUGUUAACAAUAUGCUUGAUUCUAUUUGGAAUUAUAUGAAAGCUGCAGCUCCAAUGACCCAGAUUCCGUGGUUUGAUGAGCUCUGGAAUAAAAGCUCUUGGACAAAUAUUUUCAGAGGUACUAGGGGGUUUUUGAUCUUGAAAUUGGUGCGCGACUUCAUAGAAGAGCGAGAAAGAGACAAUGCCGAGGAUUUCUCAAAACAACAUCUUACUGAUCGGGACAUGCUAUCUCGGUUUUUGGAGCUACAAAAAGGAAACCCAUGCAUUCCGCCAUGGGCAACUACUGCGUGGACUUUUUCCAAUGUUUUUGCCGGGUCUGAUUCAACGGCAGUCGUUCUGUGCACCAUUUGGUAUAAUCUUCUGACUCACCCAGACACUAUGGACCGGCUGUACGCCGAAUUAGUCGAAAGAGAGCAAAAGCACAUUCUGACACGUCCAUUUCCCAAAUGGGAGGAGGUGAGUGAGCUGCCCUACUUAGAUGCUUGCAUCAAUGAAGCAGUCCGGUUACAUCCACCAUUCUGCUUGCCAUUUGAACGAGUCGUUCCAUCUGGCGGUGUUACUAUCGGAACAGAAAGCGUUUACCUUCCAGAAGGAACCAUUGUCGGUAUGAAUCCAUACGUAACUAAUCGACACGAACCGACUUUUGGCGAGGAUGCCAAUGAAUGGAAUCCCGAUAGAUGGCUCGGCAAAGAUGAGCAGCAACGGAAAAAGCUAGAGCAGAGUGUUCUCACAUUCGGAGCAGGAAGACGCAUCUGUCUAGGGAAACAUGUCGCUAUGUUGGAAAUGAAAAAGCUAGUCCCUGCUCUCCUAUUGAAUUAUGAGUUUCAGUUACUUGAUCGCUCCCGAUUUCGAGUUGAGAACUUUUGGUUUUUCCAACAGCGUGACUUGGGUGUCAAGGUUAAGAAGCGUGGAUUGUCUCCGAAUUAA